AUGUGCGUAGCGCAGACGGCAAACAAUGAAGAGAGCCAAAUAGUGGGGACCAGCACAGGAGCAACAUCUGAGCCACAAACCAUCAGCAUCCCCUGCACCACAUUUCAAGCCUGCACCCCUCUUUCUCAUCCUACUGGAUGCGGGAGCCGUGUGAGAGUGGGACCAUUCUUCCAGAAGACAGAGACUGCUUACGCGCUGCUCGCACACCUCAGCACCCAGCAUGAUGCGAUCACUGCAUCCACCUCCGGUCAAGUAGACUCAAAGCCUCUCAAGGAACAGGAUGAGAGUCUGAAGGAGCACAUCAGCGCUUUUCAACCAGGCUGUUCUUGCUGCUGCCAGAGGAUCAGUGCUGUACAGAGAAUGCAGGACCAUGGAGGAGAGAGACCAGCCCCCAGCAGUCUGCCGCACAGCGUCAAGGCCAGCCUGUCCCUUUCCCCAACUGGAACGGGAAGGGUGGGCAGCGGUGGGGGCUCUCCCACAUCCAAAGUGGCCCCAUGUGGCGGUGGCGUGCCUGUGGAGGACAUGCAAGCCCUGGCCAUCACCUCGCUUUCCGCUGCAGAUGUAGCCAAGCAAUUUGAGCAGAUUCGCGAGCUGGGGAAGGGCACAUAUGGAAAAGUGGACCUUGUGGCACACAGAAGCCAAGGCACUAAAAUGGCUCUGAAAUUUGUUACCAAAAACAAGACCAAGCUGAAGAGUUUCCUCCGGGAAUACAGCCUAACAGACUCGCUUAGCUCCAGCCCGUUCAUCAUCAAAGUCUUGGACGUGCUCUUUGAGACGGAGGACAGCUACGUGUUUGGACAAGAAUACGCUCCCGCCGGGGACCUUUUCGACAUCAUUCCCCCACAGGUGGGCCUCCCAGAAGAAAUGGUCAAACGGUGCAUGCAACAACUUGGUCUGGCCCUGGAUUUCAUGCACAGUAAAAACUUGGUGCACCGGGACGUCAAGCCAGAAAACGUGCUGUUGUUCGACCGCGAGUGCCGCCGUAUAAAGCUGGCCGACUUCGGAAUGACCCGUCGGGUCGGCUGUCGUGUAAAAAGGGUGAGCGGCACCAUCCCCUACACGGCUCCGGAGGUGUGCCGGGCCAGCCGCACCGAAGGUUUCCUUGUAACCACCAGUCUGGACGUGUGGGCUUUUGGAGUUCUAGUCUUCUGCAUGCUCACGGGUAAUUUCCCCUGGGAGGCUGCGUUGCUAACCGACGCCUUCUACGAGGAGUUUCGACGCUGGCAGAAAGCCGGCUGUCCCGUGGGAACGUAUCCGUCCCAGUGGCGCCGAUUCACCGACGACGCUCUGCGAAUGUUCCAAAGGCUCCUCGCAGCUGAGCCGGAGAAACGUUGCGGGGUCAAAGACGUCUUUUGCUUUGUCAAAUACGAGCUUGUGAGCGAGCUUAGGCGCAGAGCGUCCUACCGUGCCAAGCGAGGGGAACGGUCCAGCUCGGGGGUAUGCAGUGGAAACUGUGCUGCAUCUUCAUCCACAUCUUCUUCUUCUCGCACAGCCCACAGACACCCGGAGCCCUCCACGCCACCUGGGACCUCCUGCCUUCGCCCAGCUCCCCUAAAAAGGAGCGUCCUGUCUGACCCCAGAGAGGAGGUUGCUCAGCAUCAGCCUUCAGGACGGGACAAGAGCAAAAGCCAGAUGGUGAUGGCCACUGCCAUUGAGAUCUGUGUCUAA